CAGAAUUCCCGAUUAAUGGUUUGCCCACUGUGUUGUCAGUAGCUCAGCUGCUGCUGCUGCUUCUUCUUCUUCCUCCUCCGACCAGCCACCACUCCAAGAUCCAAUCUUGCGGAGAGCUCACUCAGCUCAGGCUCCGAGCCAUGUGCUGCUGCUGCUGCGAGUGCGGGUGCUACGACUGCUACGAGGCGUGCUGCGACCGCUGCUGCGGCUGCAUCUCCUACGACACGCGGGAGAGCAUCUUCUACUUCUGCGUCUGCCUCGCCAUCGUCGCCGCCGUCGUCCUCCUCGUCGUGCUCCUCGUCGCCUACGGCUUCAUCCGCCACGUCUCCGUCACCGUCGAGUCCGCGUCGCUGACGCGCUUCAACCUGUCCGCCCCGCCGGCGGUCACGGCGCUCGCCUUCAACCUCUCGCUCACGCUCGCCGUCCGCAACAAGAACUGGGCGAUGAGCAUCAAGAACACCAAGGAGCUGGAGGCCGGCUACAGCUUCGACGGCCAGCGGUUCGAGCGCGUCAAGGUCGCCGACGAGGGGAAGAAGCUCCCCGCCGGGAAGACCCUGGUGUACCACCUCGCCUCCGGCUCCGAAGGCGCCUACGCGGCGCUCGGCAACGCCGGCGUCGCCGAGUUCAAGAAGGAGAACGCGACGGGGGUGUUCGACGUGGAGGUGACGAUCUCCGGCGAGGUCAGGUACCAGGCGCACCUCACCAAGUGCAAGCUCGCCGCGUCGUGCCCGCUCAAGCUGCAGCUCGCGCCGCCGGGCACGCCGGCCGUCGUCUUCCAGAAGGUCAAGUGCAAGCUCGCCGCCGCCGACAAGAACUGCUAGUUAGCUAGCGCUCGUCGCCAUGCCUGCAUAGCUAGUGGCUAUGCGAUUGACUGAUUUGUGAUUCAUUUCAUGUCUGAAUUUCUGCUGGAUUUGAAAGAAUUGCAAUGUUCGAUUCGCUUCAAUUCUCUGGUGGUACAAGGGGAAUUUCUCCUCUUUUUUUUUUUUCUGUUCUUUUCAUCUGCACUUUUAUUCUGUAAAGUAAUGCAGAUUUGCUGUUAGCACACCCCUCCCCUGAUUUGAGGUUAUUGAGCUCUUUAUGCUUCAGCAUUUAUC